UGGGGGCAGAUAGGAGCAGGAAUUUCUUUGUCUCUCUUAGUCAGGUCUACCUCGAGUGAAAGGAGGUAAAGUAGAGUUAAAUGGUACUUCUGCAGACCAGCUCAAACACAAAAAGGCUUGUGACCUCAGGCUGGUGGGUGGUGCCAUUCGGGUGCCGGGUAAAUAAAAACGCCGUAAGGGGUAGGUGGAGCUUGCGAACUUUGGGGACUGGCUGAGGCCUUUGUGGAUUUCUUCUCGGAAAAAGAAGAGGAGUUCCAAGGAACAAGAAUGGUGGAGGCCUGGUACAUGGAUGACUCUGCGGAGGAUCAGAGGAAACCCCACAGAUUAGAGCCCGGGCGUCCUGUCAGCCUGGAACAGCUGAAGCAACUCGGCGUCUUUUACUGGAAACUGGAUGCUGACAAGUAUGAGAAUGACCCAGAGCUAGAGAAGAUCCGAAAAGAAAAAAACUACUGCUGGAUGGACAUAAUAACCAUUUGUAAAGACAAGUUGCCAAAUUAUGAAGAAAAGAUCAAGAUGUUUUAUGAAGAACAUUUACACCUUGAUGAUGAAAUUCGCUAUAUCCUGGAUGGAAGUGGGUAUUUUGACGUAAGAGAUAAAGAGGACAUGUGGAUCCGCAUCUUCAUGGAGAAAGGAGACAUGAUAACACUUCCCGCUGGGAUUUAUCAUCGCUUCACCCUGGAUGAAACAAACUAUGUUAAGGCGAUGAGACUGUUUGUGGGAGAACCGGUCUGGACACCAUACAAUCGUCCAGCUGACCAUUUUGAAAUUCGAGGACAAUACUUGCAGUUUCUGGCCCAAAGAGCAUAAUGGUGCUCACUGGAGACUGAUUCACCACUUGGAAAUAGGCCAGACGUGAUAACUAAGAAAAAUGUUUCCUCUUUUCUUCCAUGUCAUGGGCCUUAGUUUAGUUCUUUUCAAGAUUGUCUGAUUUAAGAAAGGAAAAGUCAUUAAUUCAACAUGAAAUGCACUGAGAUUAUGGACAAAUCCUUCUUUUAUAAAAAAAAAUUUUUUUUUUUGGUUUCUCUACUAUAAAGCAAAAAAUCUGGUUUGGGUUACAUGGAUUUAGAUAUUUAAAAAUAUGUCCCUAAAAUUAUAGAGUAAAAUGCUUUUUUGCUAUUAUCUUUUACAAAUGAUUAAUCCCAUUCUAGUACUAUGAAGGGUAGAUGUUUAUAUAUCAGGUAAGCAUUAGAAAUUGGUUCUAUAGAAGGUUUUGCAAAGGUCAAUGUUGAAAAAUUACCUGUGCAUAUGCUUUGUGAAUAAAAAGCUAUAAUAAUUUAAAAAUAUUUUUUUAAAGAAAUUGGUUCUAAUUAAUCUCUUGAUUCUAACUCUUUUAGAUGAAAAAUACUACAUGGAUUCAUUGUAACCCAAAUUAUUAGUAUUUCUAUGACAUGAAACUUGGCAGGCACAUUUACUGAUUGCCUACAUCCUGGAGAAUCAUAUCUUUUCAAUAUUGUAAGAAAAUUUGUUUAGAUUUUCCAGUGUAACCUAAUUGUUUUGUGAUACAGUUGUGUCUUAUUAAUGUGUUUGUUAAUUAAGUUCCACACAAAUAAUCAAACAGAAAAUGUUCAACUGCUAACUUUUAAAAACUAGUCUUUUAAAAUGUCUUUUGCAAAGCAAAAUUUUAUAAUUAUUGUAGAAAUUGAAUAUUAAAAAGAAUAAAAAUUCAAAUUUUCUUUA